GAGCUCCACGUUUUCGCUAAAGCUUCCGUUUCACAGCGAUCAACGUUUUUGUGUUGUUUACAGUUUUAGGUUUAGUUGAGAUUUGGCCACUGACUCAAUGGUCCACUAAACUUGAUGAUCUGUGAUUUUUACCUUCUUCGCUAUGGAAAGAGUAGACAGUGCAAGCACAGGUAUGGCGUCACUCGUUGAGAUGUAUGAAGAGCAAUCGGAUGAAGAAAAUAGUCCAAAUGUUCCUUCGGCAGUGGAUAAUAUUUCCGACGAGGAAGAGGGCGACAGGGAAUCAUCCGCCCAUAGUUCAAGACCGCCAUCCAGACCCCUGUUUGAGGACGAAACUUCAGGAUCACCUCUCACUCUUCUCGCAAAACCUCCUUUGAAAAGGAAACCCACAAGACUUGUUUCUUAUGGUCCAGAUGCUGAUGAAGAGGAAGAAGAGAGUGAUGACAAUUCAGACUCUAGUGAGGAGAUUGAAGAUAAGGGGUCUGAGGCUAUUAUUGUUGAUAAUGAUGUGAAGCAUGAUGACCCACUGGAUUCAAAUCAAGCUUCAUCCCUCUCCCGCAGUGUUCAGAACAAAACAGCUGAUGAAAUAGAAUUGCCCCCAGAACCUCCAGGAAAGUGCUCAAAAGCCCUUCAGGAAAAAAUUACCAAAUUGUAUGACAAAGUGCAAAAUCAAGGAUUAGGUUGGAACUAUAUGAAUAAUAACAUCAAGCAGAAGAAAAAUUAUCGCAAUCCCAGUAUAUAUGAGAAAUUAAUAGAAUACUGUGGAAUAGAUGAAAAGGGAACCAAUUACCCACCAGAUAUUUUUGAUCCUUCUCUUUGGGGAAAAGAAUCAUACUAUGAUGCUCUGGACAAGGCACAGAAAACAGAAAUGGAGAAAAGAGAAAAGGAAAGAAAAGAUAGAACAAAAAUUGAGUUUGUGACGGGGACAAAGAAGUUGAGUUCAGAUGCAGGACCUGAUGAGAAAAAGAGAAAGAGUAAAUGGGACUCCUUGCCUCAAGUGACAGGAAGCCGACCUGGAGUAGUCAAUCCGACAGCAGUUGCUUCCCUUACAGUGUCUGCUACCGGGACCAAAUCUACAGUCAUACCAGCUGUAGGAAACAUAACAAAAAAAUCCAAGUCCUGAUGGAGCUUCAUACGGAUAACAGAAAUGACAGACAAACUGUAAAAUGACAUGGAUAUAGGGAUAUGAAUGAUGUUGGCGGUGACGUAGGAUAAAGAAUAUAAUUGUGUAUUCUCGAACAGUUGUUUUAAGUUAAAGAAUUUUUCAGUUUUAUUUUGAAAUUCUGAACAAGAGGGCAUUGUUUUACAUUAUCAUUGGACUGUUUUAUCCAUACAGAAUUAGUCAUACGUAGACACAUUCACCUAUUGUUCAUCAUGUCAUUGUGUGUGUAUAUAUGAGCUCUGGUUAUCGGAUCAUGUAAAAGUGCCUGUUGGUUCUUAAUCUCCAUUCAGGAGAUGAAAUGUCAUUGUCUUUCUCACUGAUCAGAUCUUCAUCCUUGACAAUGGACUCUAAAAUAAUAAUGAAUAUGAGAUAAAAAAAUAAAAAAACCCAAUUUCA